GAGAGAGAGUGAGUGUGUACGGACUGAGAAACAGCGAGAGCAAAGAGAGAAAGGGACAGGGACAGUGAGGAAGGAGAGAAGAGACUGAAUGAAAGAGAUGGAUAGAUUAUAUUGCUUUCCUGCAUUUAUACACUGGUUACAUUUGUUGUGUUAGUGUGUCUGUGCUGGAUCCGACUGACAGACGCUCAGUGUUUGUGUUUGCUGUUUUUCUCUUUGCUUUGGACGCUGAAGGAUUGAUGGGGAUGGAGAUACAACACACAGCGCCACUGUACACCUGGACGCGAGAGCUGCACUGACAGAGGUCUUCUAAGUGGUCACGACAGAGUGGGUGGUCAUCCAGCAGUUAAGUGUCAGCAUCAUUGAACGUCCUCGCUGCGGCUGUCAGGAGAACCAUCUAGCCAAUCAGGAGAGGUGAGUGGCGAGGCCGGCCAAUCGGAGGGGGAGAGAUGUUGGGGCAGGACGGGCAUGCGGUCCUGGCUCUCGUGUUAAUGCUGCUACUAUGGCGCGAAGCAGCACCCAUCGAAGUUCCACAAGACCCAAAGAUCCUGCAAGACUUGAAGCAGCCCCCCACCAUAGUGAAGCAGUCAGUGAAGGACUACAUUGUCGACCCCAGAGAUAAUAUCAUCAUUGAGUGUGAGGCCAAGGGCAACCCAGUGCCAACGUUCUCAUGGCGGAGGAACGGAAAGUUUUUCAACAUUGGGAAGGAUCCCAGGGUGACGAUGCGAAAACGCUCGGGAACCCUGGAGAUCGGUUUCCGUAGCGGAGGACGACCAGAGGACUACGAAGGAGAGUACCAGUGUUUUGCCACCAAUGACUUAGGAGUGGCUCUGUCCAACAAAAUCCUGCUCCGGGUCUCCAAGGCUCCUUUGUGGCCUAAAGAGGUGCUGGAGCCGGUGAUGGUGACUGAAGGCUCACCGCUGGUUCUACCCUGCAACCCCCCGCCAGGCCUGCCUCCUCCGUACACCUUCUGGAUGAACAGCGGUAUGGUUCCCAUCCCUCAGGAUAAGAGAGUUUCCAUGGGUCUGAACGGUGACCUGUACUUCUCCAACGUUUUGGCCAAAGAUGCUCACACUGACUACAGCUGCAACGCUCGCUUCCCCUUCACACACACUAUCCAGCAGAAGAACCCCUUUACACUCAGAGUUCAGACCAAGGAGCUGUAUAAUGACACAUCUUACAAUGCCACUGACCCCUACGGUGGCCGUAAAGUAGCCGAGUCCACGCCAAACUUCCUUUCACCUUCAGGCAGCGAGAGCACCAAAAUGGUGCUACGAGACGAGAAACUGCUGCUGGAGUGUAUUGCUGCUGGACUUCCGACGCCCACCGUCAAGUGGUUUAAGAAGGGCGGGGACCUGCCGGCACGAAAAGUGAAGUUUGAGAACUACAACAAGACCCUGAAGAUUAUUAACGUGUCUGAGGAGGAUGCUGGGGAGUAUGUGUGCAUGGCCAACAAUCACCUAGGCAGCAUACGCCACUCCAUCUUUGUUCAGGUCAAAGCGGCCCCUUAUUGGCUGGACAAACCCACAAACCUGGUGCUAGCCCCAGAUGAGAACGGGCGCCUGGUGUGUCGGGCCAACGGCAACCCUAAACCUAAUAUCCAGUGGCUGAUCAACGGACAGCCUGUAGAAAGCUCUCCCCCGAACCCGAGCAGGCAGGAGCUGGGUGACACCAUCAUCUUUCGCUCAGUGCAGAUGGGAAGCAGCGCCGUCUACCAGUGCAACGCCUCCAACCAGCACGGCUACCUGCUGGCCAAUGCCUUCGUCAGCGUCCUCGACAUGCCUCCGAGGAUGCUGGGCCCCAAAAACCAGCUGAUUAAAGUCAUCGAGAACAACCGCACCUUCCUGGACUGUCCCUUCUUUGGGUCCCCUCUGCCGGAGCUACGCUGGUUUAAGAACGGACAGGGCAGUGGGCUGGAUGGCGGUCAGUACCGUGUUUACAUCAAUGGGACCCUAGAGAUCAAACGGGCCCGAGCAGAGGAUGAGGGCACCUACACCUGCCUGGCCAACAGCAUCCUGGGAUCAGCUGAGAACCAGGUCCGCCUGGAGGUCAAAGAGCCAACUCGUAUUGUUCGAGCCCCGGAGCACCAGUCAGCCAUCAGGGGCUCCACGGCCCGCUUUAACUGUAAGGUGAAGUCUGAUCCUACCCUGCCCAUCACCGUGACCUGGACCAAGGACGACAAGCCUCUUAACAUGGGAUGGAGGCUGAGGAAAGACGAGGAGUCACUGACCAUCCCCAAUGUGAACGAGGGCGACGAGGGAACGUACAGUUGCACUGUUAAAUCUGAGAUAGACCAGGACUCAGCCUCAGCCCGCCUCACUGUGUUAGAGGAAGCCUCCCUCAACCCCUCAGUCUCUAGUGCCUUGCCUCCAGACCGUCCAGACCCUCCGAUUGAUCUGGAUCUAUCUGACCCAGCUGCCCGCAGCAUUCGCCUCACCUGGAUCCCCGGAAAUGACCACAGAAGCCCAGUCACACAGUUCCUCGUCCAAUUCGAGGAAAACCGCUGGGAGCCAGGCAGGUGGCAGAACCUGUCCACUUACCCUGGAGACCUCAACUCAGUCAUCCUGCAGCUUGCCCCCUUCGUUAACUACCAGUUCAGGGUCAUUGCCAUCAACUCAGUGGGCCAGAGUAAGCCCAGCCGCCCCUCGCUAAGAUAUAAGACCAGCGGAGCUGCCCCAGAUGCCAUUCCCAAAGGUCUUCGAGGAUGGGGCUCCAAGAAGGACAAUAUGGAGAUCAGUUGGGAGCCUCUGCUUGAUCUGGAGAGAAAUGGCCCAAACCUGCGCUACAAUGUGUGGUGGAGACGGAAGGAAUUGGAGGAGGAGUGGAAUAACGUGACCACGAUGGAGUCCAAAUAUGUUGUCCAAAACACAGAAACCUACGUGCCUUAUGAGAUCAAAAUCCAGGCCAUGAAUGAGUUUGGACCGGGACCUGAAUCCAAUGUGGUCACCGGAUACUCUGGAGAGGACAAGCCCACCGACGCUCCCACUGACCUGCAAAUGUCAAAGGUCGAUGACACCACGGCACACAUCCACUGGAAACCUGUGGACUUGAACUCUGUCCAGGGAGAGUUCAAGGAGUACAGACUGUACUACUGGCGCGAGUCCAGUCUGGUUCCAGGCUUGGUCGUCAGCAAGGAGAAAAAGACUAAGGGUUUCUACAGCACUGUAGCCGGGCCAUCUGGCAUUCUCAGCGAUCUGGUGCCCUACUCCAAAUACAAGAUGUUUAUGGUUGUGGCCAACAACCGCUUUGAGGGUCCACCCAGCAACACAGUGGAAUUCACCACCAAGGAGGGAGUUCCAGACGCUCCGAGGUUCUUCAGGAUAAACCGCAGAAGUUUCGACACCAUCCACCUCCAAUGGGACAAACCUCUGGAGCCCAACGGCAUUCUGAUUGCAUACCAGUUAAAGUACCAUACAGUCAAUGGCUCCAGGGUGGGACAUACCCAGUUGGAGACGUUCUAUCCCAAUGUGACAGAUUUCUCCCUCCGCCUGCCGGACCGAUCUACACGCUACAAGUUCUUCCUGUCAGCACGCACCACGGUGGGAGCAGGGGAGGUCUUUGCUGAGGAGUCCCCGCACUUCGCUAAUGAAGAAAACUUUACUGACGCUACAGGUCUAGUCGAGCUUACCGAUGCAUCCGUGACUUCAGCUUUCACUCCUACUCCUCCUCCUCUCGCUUCUCUUCCUCCUACUACCAUCGCUCCUACAACCAUUAGUACCUCAGCUUCUACCACUCCUACAACUACGACUUCUACUACUACUACUACUACUACUGCUCCUUCUACCACCACUACAACUGAGGCGACCACUACCACCACACCUCCUGUACUGGUCACCACCAAGCAUACCGAUCAGAAUGUGUUGGUGGUCCCUGGGCGGGAGAUCUGGAAUCUGACGGUGGAGCCUAACAGUAACUACGCUAACGUCAGCUGGAGACACAACUUCCCGGCCGGCAGCAGCGAGUUUGUGCUAGAGUUCACACUGGACAGCGACAAGACGGUGAAAGUUGUACCGGUGAAACAACAGCCCCCCAUUACAGUGGCGGAUCUGAUCGCAGGCGCCAAGUACCAUCUGAGGGUUUACUCCCAUGAGCUCAACAGCGUCAGCAGCAAAUCUGUCACCUUUAAGACCAAAGCAGCCUAUAUAGACCAGGUAGACAUAGCCACUCAAGGCUGGUUCAUUGGCUUGAUGUGUGCCAUCGCCCUCAUCAUACUGAUCCUCCUCAUCGUCUGCUUCAUCAAGAGGAGUCGCGGGGGCAAGUACCCAGUCCGUGACAAAAAAGAUCUCCCGUUGGACCCAGUAGAUCAGAAAGACCAGGAUGGAUCCUUUGAUUACCAAAAUGGGUCAUCUGUCCCUGACAGGAACGAAAACGAGAACAGCAGCGACGAGGACAACAAGCCUCUGCAGGGCAGCCAGACAUCACUGGACGGCAACGUGAAGGAAAGCGAUGACAGUCUAGUGGACUACGGUGAAGGUGGAGAUGGCCAGUUCAACGAGGACGGUUCCUUCAUCGGCCAGUACACGGUGAAGAAGGACAAGGACGAGACGGAGGGCAAUGAGAGCUCCGAGGCCACCUCGCCCGUCAACGCCAUCUACUCACUGGCGUAGCUACAUAGUGGCACACAGGGGACUCAGUAGCGCCCUCUGAUUUGAGAGCAACAUCAUACACCAGACACAAACACACACACACACACACACACACACACACACACACGAAUAUAUUACAAUAUGAAACACAUUAAACAAACGCAGCAGGGCCUGUCUGGAGACUGUGUAGGCUUUCCUCUGCAGAUUAAGUAAGAGAGGAACACGGGGGUGGAAUUAGACCACAAGCCUUUGUUUUAUGUUUCCAGCUCUGAGAAAUUGGCCCCUUGGAGGUGACGUUUGGACAAAGUGGACAGUGCUCGUUUUCCUCUGCGCUCUGCCUGCCCUUUACCCACACAGACUAAGUGUGCCUUCGGGGCAGCUUUCAGCAUUUGGAAGCAUCAACAAGCAUUCUUUAGAGAUUUUUCUUUGGUUGGUUUCUGCUCCGAACAUUUUCAGUGCCCGUGCUCUCCUUCCUGAUACGCCCAUCAUACCUCCUCUGUGUAGCAUCCCAGUAAAGUACACACAAGAGGUCCCUUACACACACACACACACACUGGCCCCGUCCUGUAACAUAUCAGCUUGUAAACAUCAAACUCAACAGGAUGCCGGCAGAUAUGUUUAUCAUAUUGAUAUUUACGCAAUGAAAGAUUUUAGUUUUUCCACAGCUGGUAGACGAGUCAUUGAAUCUUAAUGAGUGCUGAAUACAGUCAUGGCACACAUUUUAGUGCCCUGCAAAACUAUGCACUAUCACCUCCAUACCAUUUUGGGUUUAAUCUGGUUAGUAAAAGUACACAUUUUCCGUUUCGUUACCACUUGCAGGCUAAAUCACUUGCUUUUAUUCACUUUGCCUUGUAUGACGUGGUAGACAUGUUUUUCUUACCUCGAAUCCAAUGUUGUAGUGCAGAUGUUCAAAAUGGCCGCCACAACAAGAGCUAUUUCUGCCACAAGCAGCAAGCUCUGCUACAGUAUGUUGUUGAUGAAUCCCUUUUCUUUUUUUUAAAAAAGAUGAUAAAUAUUAUUUUGGAAGCAUGGUAGUAACUUAGUGCAAGAGAAAUGGGAAGGCAACAGAGAGGAACACUAGUUUUGCUUGAGAAACACCAGUAGUUCACAACCCAGUGAUUCCUUAUUUAGCAUGCAGGCUAAUGCUGCAUUCAUGUCAAAUGGGAUCAACUGUUGGUGGAUGGUUGUACUUCUUUGGAGCUGUAAAGCUUCUAUGAUUCUGUUUCUCUGCUGGUUUCUUAUUUGUUACAACAUGAAUAAGUGAGUGGUCCUUUUUUUACACCAAACCAAACAUUGCAACGUCAAUCCAACAUGGUGAUCGCAUAAUGACUUACUAUGAAAGGAAAAAAGGUUAAAAAAAAGAAUUUAUAUUCCUCUACAACUUUCCUACAUGUAUUUUCUUAGCUUUGACACCAGAAUUAAUUCUGUUAGUUAAGGGUCCCUUUAAGCUGAGAUGUAUAAUAUUUUCGAGAUGGAAGCUAAUAUCUACGUCCUCUCCCAUGGGACAUGAAUGCAGCAUGAGAGGCUGGGAUCCUUAAGGUGUGUUCAGACUAAAUUUCUGCCUUGCGUUUUUCUCACAAAUUUCGUCACUGGAUUGUUUUUGCAGUCUGUCUUUAUUCGCCUUAAACAGCCAAUGUACAGACUUUAGGUGUUUAGCUAGCAACAUCCACACCAACCUCCAAUUCUUACUUUGUUUUAUUUUUCUGUACGUUUAAUUGGAGUCAUCAGAAUAGGCACACAUUUGCUCACAUUGUCAACAUUUUCAAUUCGGAUGGGCACAUCUUCGGCUUAAUUCAUGAUUGUUUUUCCUCUUACGUCUUUGUAACAUAUAUGCAAUUGCACCGCCUCUAAAUUUGUCUUCAUGUUUAGUCUGAAUCCACCCUGAGAGAAGCAUCUACACCUCUUUCCUUCCCUCUAGUUUUUAUAAACUCAAUCAAUUUGUUAAUCAUUACUGAUGAAAAAAAAAGGACUGCGUUAGGGCCACGUAGAAUACUUGAAUUAAAUUUACAGCAUGAUGAUAUAUACAUUAAAUUCACAGCCACCCUUUGAAAUUAGGCGCAUAAGCUUACUCUUCAGUUUUUGCAGAGGACAACAGAAAAAAGAAAAAUAUUUGUGUGACAGAACAAGUUUUUAGAAGUACACACACUCAGUAUUUCACUUGUUCUUCAACCAUAUUUGCCAUGUAGUCAUUCUAUUAGCAGACUGAUGGACUGACUCAAUGAUUUGGGUUUCCUGAUUUUAUACUAAAUGUUCACUGAGUGCUCAUUGGUUUCACCACAUAACUUUGGCACUCAUACUGUAGUUACCUGCUACUCAACGGCACUAUUAAACCCUAAAUCACAUAGAUCUUUACUGCAGUUAGCGACUGGAGUUGUAUUUUAAAUAUUAAUAUUAUUUUAUAUUUCUAUUUAUUACAUUAUGUGGAUAGUAUUAAUAUAUUAGUCCUUAAUUUAAUUAUUGUUGCAUACACAUUUUCGACCAAAUUAUUUUGUCGUUUCACACCAGGAAUAGCCAAAAUAAAGAUGUCUCCAGAAUCAGUUUUUGUUCAUUAUAAGAGGCAUUAAACACAACAGUAUGUUGUCUGCUGUAAACAAAACAACAAAAUACCCGUCAUCGUACAUGAAAAGGUUAUGUUUAUCCGUCCGUUGUGCUGCUCUUCUUGUACUCAUGUUGUAUUACUCUGUGUUAUUCAGAUUUAUGUAACAAAACUUUUCCACCACACAAAAAGUUAAUAUUGUUGCUUAUUAUUCAUUUGACAUAUAUUCUGUACAUGUAGGUCCUUGUCUUUGUAAAUAUUUAAGUCGAUUUCCCCAGAAAAAUGCUUUAUCCGAAAAGGAAACAAAAAAUCACAAAUCUGUAUCCACUGAGCAAAUGCGACGCGUGCAUCUCUAGUCUGUCACGCACCUUUGUAUUGUAGCUUUGACUAACAUUUGCACUCUGAAAAAGUAACAAGAAUCAUUCUUCACUCUGUGUUGCCCUUUUCUUUGACAUUGUGAAAUAUGGUACUGACUGUGGCAAGUCCAUCAGUCGCUUGUUGGUUGAUGGUUUGGAUUCUAUAUUGUGAAAGAGGAAUACAUUAGAUUCUUUAUGAUGUAAAUAAGAUGUAAGUGCUCCUGCAAUAUACCGUUUGUAGCACUGUCGCGCACAAGCUGCUAGUAGGCCUAAAAAAAACAUGCAUUUGCCGAGGUAUUGGAACAAACUCCCCUCCUUUAAACUGUUUGCCAUCACUCUGAGACUGCAUAGACUCAUUGUUCCCAUAAUGCCUUUCACCUAACAUGCCUAUUGUUACAUAGCUAGUUCCAUUUUAGAGGACUGAACAUUGAGUCUGCUCCUCCUGUCAGGCCUAAGACAGACCAAAACUAAAGCUCAAAUUAUUGUCUUAUUCAUUUGGACCACACACACACCAACUUGUCAUUAUGUCCACCUAUGCAGAAGACUAGCGUCAUGAAAACAAAAGUGUGUGCAUGUCCACUGUACACAUCCAUGUAUAUUUUGCGCCAUAAUGCUACAUUCAGGCAAUCUCAUCAACUUGAAAAAUCCACACUUCCAAGAAAAAUACUGCAGGUCCUUAAUAAUUCAUAACCUGGGUCUCCCAUAACAUUAACUUUUAAGGAUCUUGUGAAACUUUGGUAAUAGGUUUUUCCCUGCCUCGCCAUCUAUGUCAUUUUACUCUCUUUGGUAGGUGAGUAAGCUGUUUCGGGACAAACCACAACGCAAGAUGUUUUCACAAACCCCAACUGAUGCCAGUUGGUGGCCCAUUACCUUACAUUAUGUCAGUGGAAAAGGUUUAGAAGUGGUAAAUACCAGUGAUAAACUUGGGUAAAGCCAUCUGACGAACAGGCAGGUAAAAAGGUGAAUAUGAUUAACAUUUUCAGUUGGCAAAACAAGAAAAAAAGGUGGAAUUUAUUCCCAGCUGACAUUUGCAUCCUGUAUUGGCUUUACAAUUAGUCAGCUUUAACUGACAAUUAUUACAAGUUGACCACGAUUGCUUAAAUGCACCAUUAAACAUUUGACAGGUCCACAAUCCAUUAACCAAAUCUGGCAAAAGAAGCCUGCAGUUCUUGACUCAUUUGAAGUCGAACUGACCUUGUCCAUCCAUUGUAACACUUUGUAAGGAGGAGGCCCCUAAAAUGGAACACAGCUUGUGUCCCGGUGACAGGCGGCCAUUUUGAAAACAGCUCUGGCCUGGUAUUUCCUUCCCCCUUUUAAAACAAAAGUCUGAUGAUUCUAAAACAUAACCUCUGUGCCACUAAUUCCAAAAACUAAUGUUUCCUUAUGUCUCUCUGCAGGAACUCAAAGCAAUAUCUUCUUAGUUUUAAUCAGUUGAGUGUUUUCCUCUGAUACCAUUGUUUUACAGUAUGUUGACUCUAACGCUGGUGUGAGCAAAAACAGCAGACUGGUGCUGCGAUGGAAGAAAACUGGAAGAAAAAGCACUGAGAGAUCAAACAUUGGUGAACGUAGGUCCGAACUUUCAAACUGGACUCGUUGGAAGUGUUUUCUUUAAGAUCUGUCCUGGAAACCUGCAUCCCCAUUCUCCCCGCCCCCGAGUGGAUCACAAUAGGGGAAUGUUGUAGACUGGCUAUAUAACAAAGAAAAGAGAAUUAUGCAUAUUUGCUGAAACACAGUGCUUUUUUUUCUUGUCCUUUUGUUUGUGCACGUUGAUUUGAGGUGCACACGGAGCCAAGCGUCUCUUUUUACUCUUAGCAUCGCCUCAGCUCACCUUUCAUCGGGGAAAAGAAAAUGUCAAUGUGCAGUUCUACAGCUUUGUGUUUCUCUUUGUUUCAAAAUGCUGCAAAGUCUAGAAUCUUACUGGUGCAACUGGAUUUUUUUGGAUUGAUCACAUGCUGUUUGGCUUUUUUUUUUAAUGAAUUCUCAUAUUAGCAUCUUCUUGUUUUUACCAUGUGUAUCAGAGCAGCUCGUCAAAGUCUUGCUUCGACACGCAAAAUAACAGCUUUUGUAAGGUACAUACUCAACAGAAAAUGGCAUAAAUAUAUUCACCAUGUAUGCGUGUAUGAUGAGAUGUUGCAACUUCUGCUAGCGACGCCUUCUUUAUAGUAAAGCUAUCUCCUUUUCUCUA